AUGAGGCGGUUUCCAAUCAAAUUAACAGGUCGACAUUACUCUGGUUCGAAAGCCUGCCGUGCAGCUACCGUGAAUCUGGGUCAAUUGGGGCAGAAAUGGAAGUCAAGGACUUCUCAAGGAAUAAUGUCUUUAGAGGAUGCAAAUGAUGGUGAUAAGAACUCAAAAAAGAAUAUUUACAUCUUGUCACAGUUUCCAUAUCCAUCAGGUGCAUUGCACAUGGGUCAUCUUCGAGUGUAUGUGAUUAGUGAUUCGUUAAACAGGUUUUACAAACAAAAUGGGUACAAAGUUAUACACCCUAUGGGGUGGGAUGCAUUUGGUCUUCCUGCUGAGAAUGCCGCUAUUGAUCGGGGAAUUGAUCCAUCUGUUUGGACAAAAGAUAAUAUUAGCAAGAUGAAAAUGCAGAUGAACGAUAUGUUAGCGAAUUUUGAUUGGGAUAGAGAAAUUGCUACUUGUGAUCCUGAAUACUACAAAUUUACUCAGCUAAUUUUUUUGAAGUUAUUUGAACAUGGAUUGGCAUACCGUAAGGAAGCUGAAAUUAACUGGGAUCCUGUUGACAAAACAGUUUUAGCCAAUGAACAAGUGGAUAGCAAUGGAUGUUCAUGGAGGUCUGGUGCCGUUGUGGAGAAGCGAUUGUUAAGUCAGUGGUUCUUGGGUAUAACUAAAUUUGCUCCUGAGCUGAACCACGAUCUUAAGUAUCUGAAAGACUGGCCAUCAAAGGUUAAAUCGAUGCAAAGGAAUUGGAUUGGUGAGUCCCAUGGAUCAGAAGUAGUUUUCAAGGUCAAUUACGAAAAUUCGGAAGAAAUAGCAGUCUUCACCACUAGAGCUGAAACGAUAUUUAGUGCUCAGUACUUGGCUUUGGCAACAGACCAUCCAUUGGUGAAGAAGUAUGCCCUUCAAGAUGAAUCUUUACAAGAAUUCAUCAAGAGAGCUGAGAAAUUGCCAGAAGAUUCUAAAGAAGGGUACUUGCUUUACCAGAUAAAGGCGCAAAAUCCAAUAACUGGAUCGGAUAUUCCAGUCUAUGUGGCUCCUUACGUCUUUGGCGGCUACGGACAUGGUGCAGUUAUGGGAUGUCCGGCCCAUGAUGAAAGAGAUUACGCAUUUUGGUGUGAAAAUCAGCCGGAAACACCAGUGUUCCCAUGUGUGGAACCAAUUGACAAGAAUGCUGGUUCAUUGGAAUUACCUUUUACCGCUAAGGAUGCCUUGAUGAGUGAAUUAACAGGUGAAUUCAAAGGGAUGUCUACUGAGGAUGCACGUAUUAAGAUCACGGAAAAAUUACAAAAGGAUAAAUUGGGUAGUCAGAAGAUUCAGUAUAGGCUAAGAGACUGGUUGAUUAGUAGACAAAGGUAUUGGGGUGCGCCGAUUCCUAUCAUACAUUGUGAUCACUGUGGUACCGUCCCUGUUCCUGAAAAAGAUCUUCCAGUUCUAUUACCUAAUGUAACUGGGUUAAAAUCUAGAGGAAAUCCUCUUUCACAAAUCUCCGAGUUUGUCAAUGUGGAUUGUCCCUCCUGUGGACAACCUGCAAAAAGGGAAACAGAUACUAUGGAUACAUUCAUGGAUAGCUCUUGGUACUAUUUCAGAUACCUCGACUCCAAAAACAGUCAGCUGCCAUUCAACUAUGAAGCUGCCUCGAAGAACGUGCCGGUAGAUUUGUAUAUCGGUGGUGUGGAACAUGCAAUUUUACAUCUACUUUACUCGAGAUUUAUUGCGAAAUUCCUUGGCUCCAUCGGUAUGUGGGAUGGAUCUAGUCAUAAAUGUGAGCCUUUUGGUAGAUUGAUAACACAAGGAAUGGUCCAGGGUGAAACUUACGUUAAUCCAGAUAACGGCAAAUUCAUGAAACCUGAUGAAUUAGAAACCAAUCCUGGGAAAAAAAUCGUAAUUAAAGCCACUGGUAAACAACCAAAAGUGUCAUAUGAAAAAAUGUCCAAAUCGAAGUACAAUGGUGUGGAUCCAAAAGACUGUAUAAACAAGUAUGGGCCUGAUGCAAUAAGGGCUCAUAUUUUGUUCCAAGCACCUGUUUCAGAUAUUCUGAAUUGGGAUGAGACCAAGAUUGUUGGAAUUGAACGUUGGAUUCAAAAGAUUCUCAAUAUCAGUACGACUUUGGCAGGAAGAAAUAAAUACGGUGAAAAUUUAAAAACGCCGUCCAAUUUAACUGACAGUGAAGUGAAAUUCCAUAACGAAAUUCAAAGAUUAUUGCAAAAUUUAACAGACUCCUUUGGAAAGAAUGUUUCAUUGAAUACAGUGAUUUCUGACUACAUGAAAUUUACCAAUGCUUUGGAAACUGCAAUCAAAAAGAAAUUAAUUAAUGAUGAGCUUGCAUUAUGCAAUUUGAAGAAGCUUAUUAAUGUCAUUUACCCAGUAGUGCCAUCGAUUUCAGAAGAGGCAAGAGAAAUACUAAACAAGGGCCAGAGUUGGCAUUGGGAGUCGUAUUCUUGGCCGGAACCUGAAGCCCAGGUUGAAUCUAGUACUAUGAAUUUCCAGAUUAUUGUCAAUGGUAAAAUGAAAUUCAUGUACAAUACCAGAAAAGAUUUUCUUGACAUUGGUAGUGAGAAAGUUAUUACAGAGUUACUGUCUCUCCCUGAAGGUGAAAAGCACUUAGCUAAGGCAGAUAUCAAGAAAGUAAUCUUGAAGAAAAACAUCAUUAGUUUCAUUACGCUCAAAUGA